AUGCGACGACGUGGUGUCGGUAUCGGCGCCGUGCGCAAGAAACAGGAGCAGACGAAGCAGUUCUCCGAUGUAGGCGAACAGCUUGUCGAAGCUAAUUUUACACACGUCUCGUCCCAAUUGGAGUUAUUCCGUACGAAUCUCCAGGCGUUUGCUAUCAAGUAUAAGAAUAAUAUCAAGAAAGAUCCGGAUUUUCGACGUAAAUUUCAAGUCAUGUGCGCAAAGAUUGGCGUUGAUCCAUUGGCUUCCAAGAAAGGAUUUUGGUCGGAAUUAUUAGACGUGGGUGAUUUUUAUUAUGAGCUCGCGGUACAGAUUAUUGAGGUGGGAAUUCUCACCAGACCAAAGAAUGGCGGACUUCUUGGGAUGAGUGACUUGCUGCGAUUAUUAGAAAAGAAAAGAGGAGAAGCUAUGCAGAUUGUUACGGAUGAUGAUGUCAAGAGAGCAGUCAAGAAACUCAGUGUACUGGGAGAAGGGUUCCAGCUUCUUGACAUGGAGGAGAAAACAAUGAUUGUGACGGUGCCUGUGGUGUUAAGUCAAGAUCACUCGACUAUCUUGGCGUUGGCACAGACGACGGGAGGAAUGGUGAAUGUCAGCAUUUUAGCACGAGAGUUGCACUGGGACAAGAAACGGAGUAUGUUGGCACUGAAUGUACUGCUUCGUGAAGGCAUGACGUGGCUGGAUGAACAGACUAGCGAACCAUCGUAUUUUUUCCCGAGUAUUACACUGUCGGGUACUUACACGUAG